GAAGAAGAUCUUUGGUUUUAAAUACAACUUUCGAAUGGUUGUUUGUUAGUAUAUAAGUUAAUUGUAAUUAAUUUGGAAUUAUUAUUAUGUUACAACUAUAUUAACGAUGUCGACAACAGUAGAAAACAGAAUCUUAAAGAAAUGCUUAAAAAUAGAGAGAUUGAAAGAUAAAUAAAAGAAAAAUGAAUUAGUCGAAGAUUGUCGUUGACGACGCCCGACUUAAAUACCGAUGACCGCACGAGUCAUUUAUUUGCCGUUACGAAGCUUCUGAUAGCGAUUGAACAAUACGCGCCAGAUCCUAUAGUUAAUCCCCGGCCAUUUUUGUUUUCUUAAACCCAAAGAGAGAGGAAAAAAAAGAAGAAGAGAAACGGCCGAUUCCGCCUCUGGUAAGCUCAAUCGCCGCAUAAACUCCGGCGACUCCCUCGGUAGAUCUCGAAACCCUAACUGUUUUCGUCAAUCUCUCUCUGUGGUUUUUGAAUGAAAGCAGCGACGCCGGUUUGUUCGUUUUCCGGCGAUUCCGAAAAGUUCCGAUUGAUUCGAUAACUGUACUUGCUGUUUGUUUCUGCAUUUGAUUGAAGAGAUUUGGUGAUUGAGGUGAAAAGAGAGUGAGAUGGAUGAUAGAGGAGGAUCGUUCGUAGCAGUGAGGAGGAUUUCACAAGGUCUAGAACGAGGAAGUGUUUAUCAUUCUUCUUCUGCUGAGGUUGUAGCUGGAUCGGCAGCGUGGUUAGGCCGUGGCCUUUCCUGUGUUUGUGUUCAGGGAAGAGACGGUGACCCCCGUCCUUCAUUUGAUCUAACGCCUGCUCAGGAGGAAUGCCUGCAGAGGUUGCAAAGCCGCAUUGAUGUUGCCUAUGACAGCUCAAUAUCUCAGCAUCAGGAAGCUCUGAAGGAUCUUUGGAAACUUGCCUUUCCCGAAGAAGAGCUACACGGAAUUGUAUCUGAGCAGUGGAAGGAAAUGGGUUGGCAAGGAAAAGAUCCUUCAACAGAUUUUAGGGGUGGUGGUUUUAUUUCUCUUGAAAACUUGUUGUACUUCGCUAGACAAUUCCCGAAAUCCUUCCAAGACCUUCUGCGGAAACAGGUUGGGGAUCGUUCUGUGUGGGAAUACCCCUUUGCUGUUGCUGGCAUCAAUAUAACAUUCAUGCUCAUCCAGAUGCUUGAUCUUGAAGCAGUGAAACCACGAAGUAUUGUUGGGGAAACAUUUCUAAGAUUUCUUUCGGUGAACGAAUCUGCGUUUGACCUUCUUUAUUGCAUUGCCUUCAAGCUUAUGGAUCAGCAAUGGCUCUCCAUGCGUGCUUCAUACAUGGAGUUUAAUACUGUAAUGAAAUCGACAAGGCGGCAACUGGAGAGAGAGAUUAUGGUUGAAGACAUUACAUGUCUUGAAGAUUUGCCAUCAUACAGUCUUCUCAGUCAAUAGCAAAUAGCUUACCAAAGACUACUUUGUAAGUAGAAAGAUCUAACACCUCAAAAACCCUUAUAUCAAAGCUAAAACCACAACAGAGCUAGCAAGCAAAAAAGAAGACAAGGUUUCCCUCUCUCUCUCUCUCGCUCUUCACUCCAUCUUCCUCUAUAUUAGUGUUGGUUCAUGAAA